UCUUUCCCUUCAAGUUGCAUCACUAUAUAUCUUGCAAGGUUGCAGCACUUCUCCAUACUUGACCCAUAAUUCUUUUCUGCUCAUGCCCUGGCCAUUCUUGCAUGCAUUCUCCCUAGUCCCUGCUAAACAAGGAGGCAGUGCUAUCAUCCUUGCCUCUGUGGCUCUCUGCUGCAUCAUGGGGGAGUCCCCAAAUUUUGCACAAGUUAUCCGGCCAAGAUUCGUGGCGAGCAACUUGCUAUGCCACCGGCUCGUCUCCGAGUUCGCUGGAUUGGGGGAGGAUGCGUUGCAGGAGAGCAAGAACGGCACCGUGAAUUACAGGGUGUUCACCAGCACAUGGAACGUCGGCGGCGUGGCGCCGCCGGACGAUCUAGACCUGGAGGAUUGGCUGGACACCAGGGCCAACUCCUACGACAUAUACGUUCUUGGGUUCCAGGAGAUCGUGCCGCUGAAUGCGAGGAACGUGGUCGGCCCCAAGAACAGCUCGGCGACCAGGAAGUGGAACCAACUCAUUGGGGACGCACUGAACAAGAACAAAACGGCGAGAACAAGGCGAGAAGAAGAAGCAGAAGCGCGUGAGCAGCAGCAGAAGCAGCAGUCGUCGUUCGGGUUCAGGCGCGUCGCGAGCAAGCAGAUGGUCGGCAUCUUCGUGUCCGUCUGGGCGAGGAGCGGCGUCCGCCGGCACGUCCGCAGCCCCGGCGUCUCCUGCGUGGGCGCGGGCGUCCUCGGCCGGCUCGGCAACAAGGGCGCCGUGUCCGUCCGCUUCUUGCUCCACGGCACGAGCUUCUGCUUCGUGUGCUGCCACCUGGCCUCCGGCAGCAAGUGCGGCGCCGUGCUGCUCCGGAACGCGGACGCCGCGGACAUCCUCUCCAGGACCAGCUUCCCCACGGCAGCGGGCUUGCCGGAGAAGAUCCUCGACCAUGACCGCGUGGUGUUGCUGGGGGACCUGAACUACCGGAUCUCCAUGGACGACGCGGAGGCGCGGCUGCUGGUGAGCGCCAGCAAGUGGGGCAUGCUGCUGGAGAACGACGAGCUGCUGCUGGAGCUCUCCGAGGGCCGGAGCUUCGAGGGAUGGAGCGAGGGGCUCGUCACCUUCUCCCCGACCUACAAGUACCACCGCAAUUCAGACAAGUUCUACUGGUGCGUCGACGGCGGCACCGCCCCCGGUGGCCGCCAGAAGCAGCAGCGAGCGCCGGCAUGGUGCGAUCGGAUCCUCUGGCGCGGCAAGGGGCUGAAGCAGAUUGAAUACGAGAGGUGCGGCGGGUACAGGCUCUCGGACCACCGGCCGGUCAGGGCGGCGUUCGACGCCGUCUGCGAGGUUGCCGGCGGAGCUGUUGUGGUAGAUUCGUUUUUGGAAGGCCACUGUACUUUGAGAUGACACACAUGCAUGAUCGAUCACACGAUAGAGAUCGGAUCGAGACACUGUAAAUUAGUACGAGUACCUGAUUUACCAAAGGAUUGAGAUGCCCAUCGUUGCAUCUCUUGAGACGAGAAUUAGGAUCGUUUUGGUUGUGCGGUUGCCGCCAAUGGGUAACUCGUCGGAUGAUUUUUUUUUUUGACACGGUUUUGAUGUUGAGGAGUCUCUUGUUUAUUAAUUAUAAAUUAGUCGACAUGUUAGCCAUCA